GAAGACCCUUUCCCCUAUUUAUACUCUGCAUCGUCGCGUGUAAACUCGGAAAAGUUAUUCCAGCUGAGGGAAUAUAACAACAGGAAGCUAGUUUUCCUUUUUUAAUCACAGGAUAUAGAUCUAUAGAUCGCCGUGAGGAAUGAUGGGAGUUCUCCAUUCCAUUUGUGGAAGAACAUAUUCAGGACCUUCGCCAUUUUAUUUUACCUUCACUAAGUACGAGGAUUGCAAGCGAUGGCUGCCAGAGGUAAGAUUUUGUGGGUUAUGGAUAUCUGUGUUGAUUGGACGAGGCGACCAAAAUCUAGAUGUUUGCUUUUGAAAUGGUGUUCAUUAGAACCUAAAUCACAUUUGCACCAAUGCCCACAAUCUAUUGCCAGAUCCAGCAGUGUUAAAGAAGGCACUGCAGAUAAUUCAGACAUUAAUCAAUCAAUUGUUGCAGAGGAGGAGGACAAAUUGAUUUCAUUAGAAGAAAGAGAAAUGGAUUCACGCCCAAAAAUGCAAAACCAAUAUGACGAAUUGUUAUCAAGGCAUAGUUCUACUGUCCCAUCGAGAAAAGUGACGGGUAUAGAUGACCAGCUUACUGAUUAUGAAAAAAUUUGCGGGGUGUUUCUUCAGAAGCUCAAAGGCAAAGCUGCUGUGGAAGCUGCUUUUGCGCAGACCGGCGUGAUAUUAACUUCCGAAACAAUUGAAAGAGUGGUGAAAAGGGCGAGUCUAAGUGGGCAGGCUCUCCUCACUUUCUUUAGAUGGGCUGGUAAGCAGCCCAAUUGCCAGCACAACUUGAAUUCAUACAAUGACAUGCUCAGUGGCUUAGGAAGAAGGAAGUACUUCGAUCAAAUGGAGGGAGUGCUGCACCAAAUGAAUACACAGGGUCCCUCACCCACAUUCAAAACAAUAGACAUUGUCAUGACCAGGUAUAUCAAGGGAAAUCGAAUUGCUGAAGCAGUUAAAACUUUUGAUAGGAUGGAGGAAUUCGGUUUGAUGGCCGAUACAGCAGUCUUAAACACGUUGCUGCAUAGGCUUUGCCAGGAUAACCAUACUGGGUCCGCACAUUGUUUACUCAACAAAAUGAGAAAAAAAAUCCGUCCAGAUAAUAUCACUUACAGCAUAAUAAUAGGUGGUUGGGCGAAACAGGGAAGAAUAAAAGAGAUAUAUAGGACUUUGAAAGAUAUGAGUGAACUGAACCUUAAGCCUGACUGCAUAACCUAUAAUUAUGUUCUUGAGGGUUUGUUCAGGGCUGGAAGAAAUAUUGCUGCUGUCAAGCUUCUGAAAAAUAUGUCAGUAAAAGGUUGCUCUCCAACCACAACUACCUAUAAUACAGUGAUUAAACAUUUAUGCUUAGGAGGAAGCCUAAAUGAGGGGCUUACAUACUAUAAUGAAAUGUUAGCCAAGGGUUGUAAGCCUAAUAAUACAACUUACAGUUUGUUGAUUAGGUUUUUAAUAAAGGCUCGUAGAGUUGCCGAGUCCCUUGAAUUUUUCAAUCUUAUGCUGGAAGGUGGCGUUAUACCUGAAGUUGGAACAGUUAAUUCCUUUAUUGAACCUUUGUGUAAAUUUGGUCCUCCUGAUGCUGCCCUGCAAUUCUACAAACAAAUGAAACUAGUGGGUUGCGAUCCUAACUCGAAAACCUAUAAAUUGCUGCUAAUGAGGCUGGGAAGAUUUGGCUUUUGGGAUCAAAUGAUGAAACUUUGGCACGAGAUGGAGGAAAGUGGGUGGACUUCUGAUGUCGAAGUCUACACUUAUAUUGUAAAUGGGUUCUGCAAUGGAAGAAAGUUAGAUGAAGCUGCUUACUUCAUGGGAGAAGCACUAAGCAAAGGAUUUUGUCCAGGGCGAAUUAUAUGUUCCAAGCUCAUUCACAAGUUAAUAAGAGCUAGGAAAGCUGAGGUGGCGUACAAUAUCUUUCGCAAACUUAAAGAUGCACGCAGAAAUGAUAAGAUUAAGAGAAUUCAGCGUUCAAGGGGUUGGCAAUACUGAACUGGAGUGAUUUAUAUCUGUAAAUCAUUCUUUGUUUGGCAUAAGAGGUGGGAAGUGGUUGAUCCUACUUUGCCGUAAAGAUGUAGCUGAGGUCAUCAUAAACAGGUAUAAAUUGUUGGGAUUUCCAAAGCCCAUAAAAAAAAUUGUAUCUCUGGUGUUUGGUCUUACUGCAACUCUGAGGACCCAGAAUUGAACUAGAACUCUCAUGGACAGAGCCAAAGCUGUAAAAUUUGGAUAGAACUCUUUUUGUCACAGAGCUGGGUUAUGAUCACAAUUUUAUCUUCCGAGGGACAAGAAAGCAAAGCAUAUACUGUAAGUUCAAAAUGAGAGAAAACAACCUAUAAUGCAUAUCCGUUCACUAUUUAGCUUAGUUACAUAAUCCAUUUCGGAAGGCUAAUUUUUGCAAGAAAGAAUCUCGUGGCAAACAGAUAUGGCUAUCACACGAUGUUUUAAUUUCUUUUUUUAGUUUAUGACAUGAUGAUAUGAGCAAUGGAGA